AUGCUCGUAUCAGACAUCCUGAGGUCACUUGAAAAGAAAGUUGACACAUCCCGGUCAUUCAACAUCAAUGUGACAAGAGAGGACCUGUUUCAAAGGGGGCUGAAACAGUGGGCCAGGCAAAAACAGGCCUCCCCAAAGAAUCUCCUCAGGGUCUCCUUCAUUGGAGAAAAUGGAAUAGACCAAGGCGCUCUUCGUAAAGAGUUCCUUACCGGAGAUGGGGAAAGGGGCAAAAACCCUAAAUACAGUAUCUGUGACUACCAGGACAACAGUUUCAAGACUUGUGGGGAGAUUUUUGCCACAAGUUUGGUGCAGGGGGGUCCUGCACCAAACUUCCUUACAAGAUGGUGCUACCAUUUCUUGUGCCAUGGGGAGAUGGACAAGGAUGUUGGUCUACUCGAAGUCACUGAUCAGGAUAUUAAAAAUCUGAUGACAGAGUGCCAUCGCUUUGCAUGCACUGGUGAGGCUGAUCCCGAUCUUGAACCAGCUGCGUGAGGGAUUGAGGCUCUACGGAUUAGAUGAGGUGUUAGCACAGCACACCCAGAUGUGCCAGCAGCUCUUUGUCCCCGGCCACUUAC